AUGGCUACAACACUGUGUUCGCAAAUUGUUCGAUCAAGGGCACUGGAAGCCAGAUGGGACCUUCUUGUUACAAACAUUGAGAAGCAAGCUCAAAGAGACCGGAACGUUGAGGUUGAUCCCAAGAAUGUUGGCCUUAAUGGCUGUGCAAAGGCAGAGAGCCGCUUCAAGAUCAACAAGCCCGCCAAUCAAACUGCAGCACGGCUUCACCGGCGGGUUCCCAAGGGUGACGUUGAGCAACGAGCCGAGGACAUCAGCACAAACGCCCAAUUUGAGUGCGUCAAUCGGGCAUUUCUUGGGAGAAGGGCUGGGAGUGGGAGUCGGCUUGGGAUGAGGCGGUGGCGGGCAUGCCUUGGUUGGUGGCGGCGGCGGCGGAGGGCACUUGGUUGGUGGUGGUGGCGGAGGUGGGCAGGCCUUUUUGGUGGCGGUGGCCAUGGAGGAAGGAGUAGGAGUUGGUUUAGGGUUCGGUUUGGGUUUGGGAGUGGGGCAGCCUCCGCCGCAGGCUGUGGCCAUGGAGAAGAAGAGGAGGUUAAGGACAAGGAAGAGGGCCAUGGCUGA